AUGGCUACUGCCAAGCUUGCCGAGCAGGGAGACAUUUCGCGACGUAUCGUGAAUUUCAUAACGAAUUCCGUUGAUAAACUCAGCCCGGAAAAACGUACUCUCGAGCAUUUCACUUCGCGUGCGGAACUUCUCGAGCGGUAUUGGGAUCGGUUUACGGAAAAUCAUAUGUCCCUUGCGGCAUACCAGAGGGAAAUUAAAGACGAUCCGUAUGUUAAGCAAGAUGUUUAUGCUACUACGGAAGAGGCAUACCUUGAUGCGAAGGUCGCGAUCAAAUCUCGCAUGGCAGCUCUUGAUCCUGCGACUUCUAUGUCCUCCCCCCCUUCUCAUAACGUGAGUUUUAGACAAUGGGGUACAGAGGCUUCUAAUAAGAUCUCCCUUCCGAAGUUGGAGAUCCCCACCUUCAGUGGUGUCCAAGCGGAUUGGGAGUCUUUCAAGCAGCGAUUCACCGCUUUGAUUGUCGAUCAUCCGACUAUGACGUCGGUCACUAAGCUUCAGCAUUUGUUGAACGCAGUUCAGGACACCGCUGCUCGUCGAUUAAAGGGUCUACCGAUCGUAGAGUCCAAUUUUCGAAUUGCUUGGGAAAGAUUAACGUGUCGAUUCGACAACGUGCACAUUAGGCUUUCAGUCCAAUUAGAGAAUCUUAUUAUGUUGCCACAAGUUCGUAAUCGGAAUGCGCGCGAUAUUUCGGACUUGAUUGAUCGAGCCGAAGAAGCUGUUCAAGCCUUGAGAGAUUUGCAAUGCUUCAAGGAUGAAGACAGUCAUUUUGUUGUUCACUGCAUGUUGAGGAAAUUGGAUGGUAGCACCAAGGAAACUUGGAACGUAUCUCGCGAGGAAAAAACGGGCUUUCCAACUUAUAAAGAAAUAACCGCAUUUCUAGAACGUCGGUUGCAAUCGCUUGAGCAGUCCCAGGUGACACCUUCCGGUGGCGAUUCGCGUAAGCCUCUUCGAGGCCAUAAAACGACUCCGGUUUCCGUCAGCGGGGCGAACACUUCCUCCAGCACCAAGCCGACUUUGUGUUUGUGCUGUAUGGGCAAACACGUUCUCGUCGCAUGCGAUCGAUUUUCGGCAUUGAAGCAACCGCAAAGAUUCGCAUUUUGUAAAAGGGAAGGAUUGUGUAUAAAUUGCUUCAGCAAGUCGCAUCGGGCAAGCGCGUGUCCUUCAAAAGCUCGCUGCACUACCUGUAAGCAGAAGCACCAUUCUAAGCUUCACAUUUUCCCUACAGCCACUAAUGACCAAAAGGAAAUAUCGCCGUCGUUAGCAGACGCACCGGAUCCGCCGCCCCAGGAGGCGGUGGUCGCGCAUUCCGCGUCGGUAAAUCGCGUUAUACUUUUGGCCACUGCUGAGGUUUCGGUGUUAAAUGAAAUAGGUUCCUCUUAUCGGGUGCGAGCUCUUAUAGAUCCCGCCGCGGAACAAUCCUUCGUUUCAGAACGGGUCGUGUCCACCCUCUCGCUCUCGAAGAAGCGGGUGGAUGUUGCAGUGGUUGGAGUUGGAGCGCAAGCCAACGUUAGAGCCAAAUUCGAGGCUAGGUUGACUAUCCGCUCAGGGCAAGGCCCACCAGAAACCGUUCACGCCUCUGCCUUGGUUCUCGCGAAUUUGUCGCGUCAAACACCUCCGUGUCAUGUCGUUCAUGAAGAUUAUCCGCAUCUGGUCGGACUCAAGUUGGCGGAUGUCGCGUAUGACCGUCCUCGACGGAUCGAUCUAAUACUCGGUGCGGAUGUCUAUCCGGAUACUAUCCGCGAAGGUUUAGUUCGCGGUCCCGUCGGUACUCCAAUUGCACAGGCUUCUAUUUUCGGGUGGAUUUUGACCGGUCUUGCCAGCUCCGACGACACUGGCGCAAGGCACCAGGUAAAAGCCUAUCAUAUAAAAGUUGAGCCGUCCCUCCAGGAUGCGCUUGCCAAGUUUUGGCAAGUGGAAGAGGUUCCCUCAUGUACUUCGCUUUCGCCGGAGGAUCAAUAUUGCGAGACGUACUUUUCAGAAACGGUCGCACGGGCGACCAACGGGCAGUAUAUCGUUCGGCUACCUUCCAAGCGACAAGACGUUAUCGUAGCGUCGCGAUAA